AAAAAAGUGCUUGUAGAAGCAGGUUUCAGUCUUCCUUAUAGUAAAAAGAGGACUGAGGAGCAAGAGAACAAGUUAGGGACCAAAUGGAAGGGGCAGUCCUGCAGGAAACCAGCAGAACCCAUUGGAGCCACCAAGGGGUUGACACAGAAUGUAUCAUUUCAGUCUGCCUCCUCCAUGAGCAUCAGUGCAUCCUACCUGGCCCACAUGCAGCACCUGAAGGUGGGAUUGCUUCCAGAGCAAACACACCUAACGAUAUCCUUGGUUGACUCAGCUGUAGGUGGAUGAUGAAAUACGGGCAGUGGCAUGCAAGCAGGUCCUCUGGAAACUUUCAUGGGCUGUCCUUGCACCAGGGCCAAGAGACUCUGCAGAUUUUCACUUAGUAAUGUGAAUGUGAACCAGGUUUUAGGAAGAGAGUUAAGAGGAAUGUAUCUAUUUAUGAAGAACUUUAUAUCUAUUGUGCCUGGAUUGUUGCAAAAUAUUAUUUUGGUUCUAGGAAAGAUACUGGCAUGAGUGCCUUCUCCGUUUUUGAACUGACUCUUGAUCAGGGUAAGGGAAAGACUGCAGUUCUACAUGGUCGGUUUUAAUUUUUUUUAAAACCGAGUGGUAUUAGAAAGAGGACGUGUUUUAUAUUUCUAAGGUUUGUUUUUUUUCUUUUGUUAUUCUUGUAUUAAAUACAAAUAAUAAUUAAAAAACAAAAAAAAUUAGGUGUCCAUGAGCAUCUGGCAUCACAAGAUACCACACUGGGAUUCUAGCAUUAGGACACGCUUAGAUAAUCUGGUGCUGAGAUACAGAUUAGUUCCUGCAUUCCUUGCAGACAAGCUGAGUGGAGUGGCCAUUGAAUAUGACUUAAAAUGGUAGAAACAGGACAGCAUCUUCCAGUGAACAGGAAGGCAGCAGACCAGCCAGGAGAAUGAUUCAGUUUAGUUUUCUCAGCCUCAUGUGUCCUGAAAACAACACCUGUUUUUAAAAUAUUGAAGGGGGUGGGGGGAGAUGAGUUCCUUAGAAGCAGCCGUUACAUGUUUCUGUCUCUGUGUAACCGAAACUCCCACAGUUGCCUUGGAGAAUAUGAUUAACACUACUCGGGCCCCAAAAUGCAGGUGGGUGGAAGUUCAGAUGCAUAGAGAUACUCCAGCUGAAAAACAGGAUUUCUUUUCACUAUAGGAGAUCUAAGAUGUACUACUUCUGAUGAGGAAAUAUCUAAGGUAAUCAGGACUGGUUGUAGCAGCUGGCAUUUGAGUACUAUAGUGAAAUUUUUAGCUUAAAAACCCUCCAUUUCCAAGAGUUGAUGCUAGACGUCUGUUUGAACCACCUUUUGAUUUUGCUUUUGCACCAUGUAGUUACUAUUCUAACGUAGUAAUCUACUUCUGUUAUGACUGAUCAAACAUGUAGUUUAUUAUGAGUUUUCUUUGUACCAUCUUACCAUCUGUGCAGCAGAACAUGAUUCCUCAACAUGUCCUGCUGCCUCAUUCUAUCUUAUGACAAAACUGGUCCUGGGUCAUGAAAAGAACUAUAAACUUGGCUAAUUCUCAUUGCCUUUACAAAGAGUGCUGGAGUGAAACUUCAGAUGGAUUUUUAGUUGAAAUUCAAUUUUUCAGAGAAGAUGGGGCAACUGAAUGUCAUCUUAUUGGAGGAUUCCCAGUAAAUGUAUAGAGCUAAAAAGAGCUAUUUCAAGUUUUUCACAUCUCAUUACUGGAAAUGGAAUCAAACUUUUGAAUACCGGCCAGGUCUGUGCCCAGGUUCCAGAACAGCCCACUAAUUCUAGAACUAUAACUGUUCUGCAGAACAUGCAAAUUAUCUAAAUGCAAUGCAAACAUGAAGCAAGGCUUGGUAUGCAAUAAUCCAGAAGCUGCUUUACUGUAACAAUUAAACAUUUGAGAUAAUUUGUAUAUGUACCAAAUUGAUGGUCUACUCAGAAUUACCACAGGGGGGAGUCAGUUCAAAUCUGAUAUAGCCAGGAAUGAUGAAUGUGUGGUCUGACCCAACUGGAGGGCAUUAAAUUGGGGAAAGUUAAUGUAAACUAAAAAUCCAAAACUAGAUCUCAGUCUGGCAAUAGCUGUUAAUCCACGUCCUAGUAUUUUUAAAGACUUGCUGAACUAAGUGUUGAACCAUGAAUGCUGAUGAUAGCACACUAUUAAAAUCCUAGUUUACUAAAAAGUGCCCAGAUGGCUAAAAUGAGGGAUAUUCCCCCCGCUCUGUUUAUGUCAGUAGGAGCCACAGUGCUGCUUGUUAUCAAAGCCUGUAAGUAGGGUAGAGGGGAGCUGCUAAACUCUGGGUCAAAGGCUGAUAAUAAAAGAGGUGGAGAGAAAGAGAGGCAGCCUCAUAGUGUUAGCUUGCAGCAAUUAGGACACAUUCAAGUCUUGAAGAAACAUGGAUGUUAAAGCGUGGUUGGUCUGUAUGCUGUUUCUGGAACAAUGGAGCCAGGGGUUCCACUACAUUGGAGCAACUUUCCUCUCUCAAAAAAGAGACUUCUCCUUAAGUGGGGUUCCCCAACCAUCGAAUAAGAUCAGGGCGCUGGCCCAGUCCAAUCCUGACAUACAUCUUAUCCGGAGUACGCUGGGGACUCAAGCGAGGCCAUACAGCCUCUCCCUUUCUCCUGAUGACUACCACCACUCUCUGCCCAAGGCAAAGCACUUGCGUACUUCCAGGUUGAUGAAACUUCUGGGAUCGUCCUAUGACCCUUUCUGGAUGUCUCUCGUGGACCCCCAAGGUCGGAACCCAAGCACCGAAGAACUGAGCACACAGAGCCAAGACCUGGCUGAACACAGAGCCCGGUUUAGGAAGAAGCUCCUGCAGGAGACAAGCAGAUUAGAGCUUCCCAAGUGGCUGCCACUGCUGCUUUUUCAGGAUGGGAUCCCCCAUAAUUUGAGCCAGUCCUUCACUUACCAUCUACGUCAAUGGCUAGUGGAUAGCGCAACCUGUUAUUUAACCUCUUCCUGGGUAGACAUGGGAUCCAUCUUCUGGCCACGCUGGAUACGCCAUACCUACUGUGAUCUGACACGAGCUGGAUGCUCUUGGCCUCCAGGCAUGACUUGCAGGCCAGCCCAAAUCACCCACAUCAAACUCCUAGCAUGGCACUGUUGGCUAAAUGGAACCCAGUCUCUGAGUCCUAGAAAGUCUCGUAAGGAAUGUGUUUGGAGACAAAUUCCUUAUCCUGUAGUGGCUGCAUGUAAAUGUGCCUGCUCAUGAUCUGGAUGAGGUGAGGUUUGUACUGCAGCACUGAACUUUGUGAGGACUUUGUUGUCAUUUCCCAGUCAGGUGAAAGCUGGUACUCAGGAUGAGGGUAUAGUCUUGGGGUAUUCAAA